AUGGCCAGCCACAGCGUGACCAGGAUGCUCACGGUGGAGCCCCAGCGGCGUGCGAGCGCUGCACAGGCCCUCGAGAUCCCGUGGAUCAAGGGCUGUGACACCACCGUGCGGCCGCAUGCUGCCAACUUCUCCAGCGUGGUGGAGCGGCUCCAGGAGUUCCGGGAGCACUCGCGGAUGAAGCGCGUGGCGCUCACCGCCCUCGCCCAGCAGAUCCCGGACAGCGAGAGCAGCCGCCUCGGGGAGAUCUUCCGCGCCAUGGACCGCAACGGCGACGGCGAGCUGUCCGUCGAGGAGGUUCGCAAAGGCUUGGCCGCCCACGGCAUCCAGUCCCCCCUGGCGCUCGAGGAGAUCUUGAGGGGCAUCGACUGCAACGGUUCAGGCCGCAUAGAUUUCACAGAGUUCGUCGCAGCGAUGAUGGACAAGGACCUGUACACGAAGCGCGAGUUGUGCUGGGCCGCUUUCUGCACAUUCGACCUGGACGGAGACGGCCUCAUCUCCACGGACGAGCUUGUCAAG